AUGUUAACCCUACUUGGCUCUUGGAAUGAGGUAUUUGGUGGGGCUGGAGAGAGAUAUCCACAGCAUUAUAUGGCUUAUGAGGACCUCAGGCCAGGUUAUGGUAUGCCGAGUAGAUCCUCGACAAGGCUUGAUGAAGUUAUGACAGCAGAUCAAAGUAUGAGGUUUGGACUUGAACAAUAUACUUGCCAGCAAAAAUGCAUUCCCUACCUCAACACCUAUGAUGGGAGGACCAUCCACUACUUGGAGCCGCUCAUCAAGGCCAACGAAACCAUGAAGCUCGAGCUGGAGAGAAACAAGAUUGUCGACUUCAUCAAGUUUGACGUCGGCAAUGUUCUCAUGGUCACUGGUGGCAGGAACAGGGGAUGUCCUCUUCACCAACAGCACGGCUACUGA